AUCGCUGCUCGGUGAUUGGUCAGCAUGUCACUCAGCAAAGUCGAACCGUGAUUCGUUGAUUGUGUUUCUCGAUGCCGCUGCUUCGGACAUAUAAUCAGAUCAGAGUAUUCCGUUAUCUAGCUUUAGAUUAAAUUGGAAUUUUAGAAUGGAAUUUAUUUAAUAUUACUUUCUGUUUUUAUAAUAAUAUAUUGUAGAUAUUAGUUAUUCCUCGAUGCUGCCAUGGAAUUAAUAGAGAAUUUAUUUUUAUAUAUUUUGUUAAUUGUUACGUGUAUUAUCAUCGUGUUCUGUCUAAUAUUGUAUAUAACAACGCAACCUUAUCCAAAAAUAUGGCGGGAUGGAAAGGAAAAGGUUUUUUUCGAUCACAAAACAAAGGAAUAUCAAGAUUUUCCUUCAUUGUACAAUGAUUGGAGUGUUAAUUUAAGCGUUAUAGUACCUGCCUAUAACGAAGAGGAAAGAUUACCACCAAUGUUAGACGAAUGUUUAGAAUAUUUGGAAAAAUUAAAACAAUCUGGUCACAGUUAUGAGGUAAUAGUAGUUAGCGAUGGAAGUACAGACAAAACUGUAGAAGUUGCUCAACAUUAUGCUUCCAAAUAUGAUACCGUGAGAGUAUUGGCUCUUGUUAAAAAUAGGGGUAAGGGUGGUGCCAUUAGGCUGGGUAUGCUGAGCUCCAGAGGUAGCGCUUUGUUGUUCGCUGAUGCAGAUGGUGCUACUAGAUUUGCUGACCUAGACAAAUUAAAUGACAGUUUAAGAAACACGCUAGGAUUUGAUUAUUUAUCUAAGCCAGAAGAAUUAGCAUUGUCGCAUGCUGUCAUUUGUGGAUCGAGAGCUCACUUAGAAAAAGAAGAAACUGCUAAACGUUCCUACUUUCGUCUAUUUCUGAUGCACGCAUUUCAUUUUUUAGUUUGGUUCUUGUGUGUAAGAGGUAUUAGAGAUACACAAUGUGGUUUUAAAUUACUAACAAGAGAGUCUGCGAGAAGCAUAUUUCAAACUUUACACGUUGAACGUUGGGCAUUUGAUGUCGAAAUGCUUUAUAUCGCUAAACAUUUUAAUAUUCCUGUUACCGAAAUUGCAGUCAAUUGGACAGAAAUAGAAGGAUCAAAAAUAAUCCCAUUUUGGAGUUGGCUACAAAUGGGAAAAGAUUUAGUUUUAAUUUGGCUAAGGUACAAAAUUGGAGCAUGGAAAAUUCAUAAUAGUAAACAGAAUUAACAGAAAUCAUCCUGAUUUUCUGAUAAAAUGAGUUUGGGUUCCAUGCGUUUUCUAUAGCCUCUAACAUGAAACUGAAUUCAUUGCGAUUUUUUAAAAUGUACUAAUAAAGAGUGAUUUUUCCUAAU